UCAAAGAGAUGCUGUAUGCAGCUCAGGACCAGGCCCCUUCUAUAGAAGUCACAGACGAGGACGCAGUGAAAAGGUAUUUUGCCAAGUUUGAAGAGAAGUUCUUCCAAACCUGUGAGAAAGAACUUGCCAAAAUCAACACUUUCUAUUCAGAAAAACUUGCAGAAGCUCAGCGCAGGUCCGCUACUCUUCAGACUGAGUUACAGUCAACUUUGGACGCACAGAGAGAAGCCAGUGGGAUUUCCACGCUGCGGCAGCGCAGAAAGCCGGUCUUCCACCUGUCCCAUGAAGAGCGUGUCCAGCAUAGGAACAUCAAAGACCUGAAAUUGGCCUUCAGCGAGUUCUACCUCAGCCUCAUCUUACUGCAGAACUAUCAGAACCUAAACUUCACUGGCUUCCGCAAGAUCUUAAAGAAGCAUGACAAGAUCCUGGAGACCUCACGAGGAGCGGACUGGCGCGUGGCCCAGGUGGAAGUGGCACCAUUCUACACUUGCAAGAAAAUCAAUCAGCUUAUCUCUGAAACAGAGGCAGUGGUGACCAAUGAGUUAGAAGAUGGAGACAGGCAGAAGGCUAUGAAACGAUUGCGUGUUCCACCCUUGGGAGCAGCUCAGCCUGCACCAGCCUGGACUACGUUCAGGGUUGGAUUGUUCUGCGGAAUAUUCAUUGUACUGAACAUCACUGUCAUACUUUCAGGUGUGGUUUUUAUAGAUGGACCAAAUGUGUGGCCACUGGUGAGAAUCUAUCGAGGUGGCUUUCUCCUGAUAGAAUUCCUCUUUCUCCUGGGCAUCAACACAUAUGGCUGGAGGCAGGCUGGAGUAAACCAUGUCCUCAUCUUUGAACUCAAUCCCCGCAGCAACUUGUCCCAUCAACAUCUCUUUGAGAUUGCUGGAUUUCUCGGGGUUUUGUGGUGCCUGAGCCUGCUGGCAUGUAUAUAUGGUAAAUUCACCUACAUCCCUAUGCAGGUGAAUCCACUCAUCCUGUAUGGCUUCAUGUUACUUUUUCUCAUCAACCCUACCAAAACUUUAUACUACAAGUCCCGUUUUUGGCUGCUCAAACUAUUGUUUCGGGUGUUCACGGCUCCCUUCCACAAGGUGGGCUUCGCAGACUUCUGGCUGGCUGAUCAGCUCAACAGCCUGGCUGUGAUCCUCAUGGAUCUGGAGUACAUGAUCUGUUUCUACAGCUUUGAGCUUCAGUGGGAGAACAACGCUGGACUUCUGGCCAACACAGAUAAUCAAAUCUGUAACAGCUACUCCUACGGAGUGAGAGCAGUUGUCCAGUGCAUCCCCGCUUGGUUGCGAUUCAUCCAGUGCCUGCGUCGUUACCGCGAUACCAAACGGGCCUUUCCUCAUCUGGUUAAUGCUGGAAAAUAUUCCACCACCUUCUUCAUGGUGACAUUUGCAGCCCUCUAUAGCACUCACAAAGCUAAAAACCACAGUGAUACCCAAGUGUUCUUCUACCUGUGGAUUAUCUUCUAUUUCAUCAGCUCCUGCUAUACCCUUAUUUGGGACCUGAAGAUGGAUUGGGGUCUCUUUGACAAAAAUGCUGGUGAAAAUACCUUUCUUCGAGAAGAGAUCGUCUACCCACAGAAAGCAUACUACUAUUGUGCCAUUGUAGAGGACGUGAUCCUGCGUUUUGCCUGGACCAUCCAGGUCUCCCUCACUUCCAUGCAGAUCUUUCCAUAUGCUGGGGACAUAAUUUCCACUGUCUUUGCCCCACUUGAGGUUUUCCGACGGUUUGUGUGGAACUUCUUCCGGCUGGAGAACGAGCACCUGAAUAACUGUGGUGAGUUCCGUGCCGUGCGGGACAUCUCCGUGGCACCGCUCAACGCCGAUGAUCAGACACUCUUGGAGCAGAUGAUGGACCAGGAAGAUGGUGUCCGAAACCGCCAGAAGAACAAACAGUGGAAGCGCAGCCAGAGCGUGUCCUUGCGCAGACCUCGUCUUGCUUCGCAGUCCAAGGCUCGUGACACUAAGGUAUUGAUAGAGGACACAGACGACGAAGCGAACACAUGAAACUGCCGCAGUCUCUUAUUCCGCAUCCCUUAUUUUCCGUUCUAUUCCCCUCUUCCCCAAGUAACCCAAUCUCUGGUACAGUUCCAGUUGAAAACAGGAGAAAACACUGAACAUGUUUUCCGAGCUCUUCCAGACCGGAUCCUAUGGACUCCAACAAGCUCACUGUGUUUUGUUUCGUUUCUUCUGGGUUAAUUUUGAUUUUCUAUUUUAAAAAAUAAAAUAUUUUACUUCAUUUUGCCAAUCAAGAGGACAGUUCAGGAAAGAAGGAUUGUUUACAGUCUCAACAAGGACAUACAAACCUAUCUGGAUGAAGAAGCAUCAUAGGGACUCCCUAAUGGGACAGUGCCGAGACCAUGCUCGGUUUCUGCUUGACCCGGUUUUGACUGGUUGAAACCGGACUUAGGUUUUUAAAUCUGAUUUUUUGUUUUUGUUUUUUUCCUUCAUAUCCAGCGCUGAGGCACUGGCUGCACUUGCAGGGAAAGUGCACUUAGAGCAGUAUCUUCAUUCAUGAAGCUACUUUUUAAUUUGAUGUAACUUUUCUUAUAAUUUUUUGGAAAUAUGAUGUAUCUGUUGCAUAUAGUUUUCACAUUAUUUAUGAAACUUAACAACCAUAUGAGAGUGAUUUUGAGUCCUGUGCAAUGAAGGUUGUAAUGGUAAAACAAAGCCGGGAACGUAGAUCUAGAUCUCUAGGGUUAUGGGGUUAUGCCUUGCAAAUACCCCUCUCCUGAGACAACUUGCACCCGUUUACCUUUUUUCUCUUACUUUCUUUUCAAUUUUAUUUUAAACCAAAGUUUCUCUUUCUAAUUUUUAGUUGCUGCUACUGCUUCAGAUGCCUGGGCAUAUCUCAUGUGCCAGUUCAUCCCCGACUUUCCAUGCAGCUGUGUGAAAGUAGAGCAAAUGAUCCUAAAACCUUUUUAAAGGAGAGUUAGGUCCUGCCAAUAGCACAAACAGCUAGGCAAACUAAGGGUUGAGAACUUCAUUGUCCAGAUCAACAGUUGUUUUUCAUAGCCUUAAUCUUCACCGGAUAAAGCGAGGGCACGAUCCAUUGCAUGCCAGGCAGGGAGCUUUCCUGGCCUUCUCCUGCAGCUCUGUACGGCAAAAGCAAAGUGGGGCAAGGUGAGGACGAGAUCUUUCCUGUGGACAGGGUGGGGAAUUUAGCAGGCUUUGGUUCAGGGGUGGUUGUGCUUCGAAGAGCUGCCAUGGAGCAAGGAAAGGAUUGUAUUGUGCCCACCUAAUAGGGAAGUGGAAGUUGAAAUAAAAGGCCCCCUCACGAUGGCUGUUUUCCCCGACUUUGGAAAAAGGCCCUCAGGCAUUGUCCCAGCACGCUUUCCCAGGGUUUGAUUGCUGUCUAUGCCCUUUGCCCAGUCUUAUCACCUCACUUGAGGAAGCGUGAUCCUGCCGAGCAGACUCAGGUAAAGGGCAUCUGUAUUGCUAAGUUGUAUAGGAACAAUGAUGAUAACUUGAUACUGGUCUCCUGUCCCUUAGAAGAAGAAACAUGCCUGGGGCAGCUGUGCUGCCCAGCUGCAGGCUGUGCACGCAGGGUCCCAGUGCUCAUUGGCAUCGUGUGAUGUGCCUGCCCCGCUCUCGCCCAGAACGCUGUCAGUGGCUGAGGGAAGCUCCUCAGUUCCCUUGAACCCCCUGUCCAGCCCAGAGCUGAAUUUCGCAGCCAGGACUGCUGAAGUUUGUCGUGUUGGUAUGGGCAUGGUCCUCGGGACUGCGGCUCUCCUUCCUUAACCACCUUUCCUUGCGUCCCAGCUCUUUGGCAGCUGUCGCCAUGUAGCUACUGCUAGGACUGCAAGUGAGAGUUGAAACCCUUAAAGUAGGAUCGUUGUGUUGAUGUCUGUCCACGGACUCGCGUCUAGUUGUGACAAUGGAAUAGUAGGAGUCCCUGCUCAGCUGCUGUUCAGUUGAUAUUAUUUUUUCAUUAGCUAAUAGCAUGGUUUCUCACAUGACUGGUGCAUUGCGUUUUCUGUUUGCCUGCUGUGCCUCUUGCCCAGAGGAACUGAAGAAGGAAACUUAGUUCUCUUCGUUUAAUUUCAAAUAGGUAAAAAUAACUUAAGUAGUAGUAAACCGGUGCCCCUUGACAGAACAAGGGCAACAUUGCAAAUCUGUAGCUACCUACACUUCUGUGACAUGCUCUAAACUUACCAAGAAACUCUGAUGGACCUGCCAGGAAAUGCCUCUGCUCUGUCAUUGAUCUGCUGACUGUGAUUGUGUCCUUAUGGUGGAGUAGAUGAUGUGCGUGUCGUGUCGCUCCUCCUGUGCGGCUAGCUGCUGUUUCAGCCUCAGUCCGCUCCGACAGGAGGGAGUCUGAACAACGGGGACUAGCGGGGAGUUCUGCUCUUCGUCCUUUCGGUGCCCGGGAGUCUGGCUUCCCUUGUUUAACUCCCUGCAGUCUAUUGUUCAUACUAAACAGAGGUUCCUGUUCAUAUGGAAGUGGAGUCUGGGAUAUAAAGCCCCUUAUAAUGUCUUGUUUUUUCAUUGGCGUUGCAGCAAUUGUUGCCGUGUUCAAAUCUUUCAUAGGUGCGCAGAGAAUGGGGCGCGCUCUCACGCGGAAGCUAACUAAUAGGGUAUUUUCAGCAACUAGGAACGGUGGAGAAUAGUGAAGCCGUACAUACCUGUGGGUAUUUUAAGAGGAGAGUAGCCACACCAAGGGGAACAAUCCAAAAUAAACAGCUGUUGUUGCUUAAGCAAGUGGUGCGUUAUAAGAAGAAACAGAGCUUACUGGUAAUUCUCCCUUUUGGAGGGAAUGAAAAAAAGUACUUUGCAGCUUGGUACAGAGAGCAAUGUUAUGGUGAGACAAAACCACUAGGAAUUCUCUGCCUUCCUGAGCUCGGCUGGGGAGAGCUGGGUAUGUUUAGGUGGCCUGCUUCUCACGUUAGUGAGCAGUAGUGCAGGAUCUUACGAUUUGAUCCCUAACCUGAAAGGAAGGAUUGAGUUGCAAAUAAUUAUUCUGUAGAUUGUCAAAUCCUUAUGGAAAGCAAGAAUUCCCUCUGUCCAUCUGCUGCUUCGACCUUUCCUCUUCCCUGCUCUGCUCUUUCCUUUUCCUCCUCUUUCUGUCUUUGCUGCCAGGAGAAAUAAGAAAAAGGGGAGGAGAUGUGCUACGGCUAGCAAAUGUUAUCUCCUAAAAUAAAACGUUGUCCCUUUUGGCAGUGAAGAUGCUCUCUCUGAGGAAAGUAGUCUGAAAUCCUGGAAGCAUGGCUUUAAAAGAAUCCCAUUUCCCUGGCACUGCAUGUGUGUAUUCCCUACCUAACAGAGACUUUGGAGAAAUUAGGGGUGCAGGCUCCUCCCAAGAGUUAGCGCUAAGAGCAGGAUGGCUCUGAGAAUGUAAUAACAUCUGGCCAAUCAAAUGAGAUAUAAUAAAGCAGAGCAGAUGGUGGUAGAAAAUUGGCCCUUCGCUCCUUGUGAGCAAUCUGCAAAACAAGAGUGAGAGAAGAUGGUAGUCCUAGGAUGGCUUAAUUUCAUGAGCAGGCUUUGCAGAUGGAAUGGAAAUGGGUAUUAGAAAACACUGCUGGAGGGAGAGAAGUAGGGUGGCAAUCGAGAAGGGGGGUGGGGGGAGGAGCAGAACAAAAAGGAGCUGCGUUAUUUCAUCCAGUGCUUUAAAUGUUGGGACAUUGCUAGAAACCUGGUCUUGACUUCUGAAAGUAGAAGCUGAGACAAUUCUGUGAUCUGGCCACUACAAAGCAGCAUGUCCUCUCAGCUAUUGAGUUCUCCCUCUUUCACUGCAACUCGGUAGGACUGGGGCUUGUCAGAGGUGGUGGUUUCCGCUCGGCUCUGGGGAGGGCGGAAGCCCCUCUUAUCUGGUUGAAGCCCUUAUGAAUGAUCCCAUCUAAAGGGAAGAGAUGCCACCAAUAAGACCGGUGACUGCUGAAGACGGCCAGCACCCUUAGAGGAACUCAUUUCUCCGUGCUCAUUCCCAGAUGCUUUCCAUCCUUCUUGCCCUUCCAAGCAUUUGCAAGGUGCGGGAGGUUAGGAUUUUUGGGUUGCAGACUAUCAUUUGCAGCAUGCAGAGUUUAUAGCUGCUAGCUGGAGUUCCCAGCGUUGCCUCCAGCUCCCACUGCUCUCCGUGGCUUUGGGUGUGCCUCACCGGCAAAUAGUCACCAGCAAAGCCAUGCCCUUCCCCUGCUUUGUAGAAGGGAAUGCCUUGGUCUGUGAAUGCAUCCUUCUGAAAGGAGCAAGGAAGCUGUCAGGGUUGGAGGGGUGAAUAACACCUUAGUCAUAGGGCAGGUUUUGGCUUUACAGAACCAGAUUUGGCAAGCAAGGGUCAGCCUAUGUUGGGCUCUGUCAGCCUGAACUGUUGUUUUCCCACCAUGUCUUAGAAAUGUAUUUGAAGCAUUCAUGGCUGUAGCCUGUGGGUAUCAAAAAAGCUCCUACCUCUCAAAUCCAGGCGUGUUCCCAAAGUCCAAUGUUGCCUGUCUUACACCUCCCCCUGCCCUUCUCCCGGCCGUUCUUAUUUUGUCAGCCUCUUUGCCCUUGCUGUUUUUCUGAAGAUAAUGAGACACAUGGUGUGCAGAGAAGGUGGGCAGUGGCUUUCGGCAGAGAAUCGUAGGGAAGAAAAAUCUCUUGUGGAGCAGCGAGUUUGACCCUUUCUCUAGGCAAUGGAAGCUGCUCUUACUUCCCUGGUCCUUUUCUCGUGUGCUACUUGUUCCGACUGUUGCUGCUGCUUACUGGGGGGCCAAAAAGAACUGGAUCACUCUCCCCUUUCCUUCACUGCUGCCUGCCAGGCUCAAAGUUCCUCUUGCAAGUUCCUCGGAGGAGCUCUCCUCCGGCCAGACCUGCCUGCUGAAGGGGAGAGGACCAACACGCUGGCCUUCGUGGCAUGGCCAGGCAGCAGCGUUCACCGUCGGGACUCAGCUGUCACGGCUGUGUUUGUGUGCACCGGGAAGAGGCGGGGAGGGAUAGCACAGCCCUGGUUCAGGUCAGGAGCUGAAAGUCCCUGGGAUUUUGCUGCAAAUCUUCUGAGACGCAAUGGAGAUGGCAGAGUGUUCAAACUUUGUGCAGGUUUUGAACACCGAAGUAACUUUGGCUUUAUCCUGCAAGGAUGCUGCUGGGCGCGCCUCGCUUUGGCACUGGUGUGCGCUCCAGGCCUUUGCAGAGCAGGUGGUUUGUGGCCCUGAUGUUAGGCCAUCGUGUUUGGAAACAUCCCUGGGACUUUGGUGGCUUGCUGCACCCCCCUGACGGCUGGGUGGGCGGCUUGGCUCGAGUGCUGGAAGCACAAAACCAGAUCUGCUUGAGAAGGUGAGCUCAAAGUGCUGCGUCUUGGCCCUGUGUCCUCCCUUCUCUCUUCCGCGGUUCUGAUUUGCACUCACGGGGGGAAGAAAAUCUUCUGCCUUAAACAUCUUAACUGUUAUUCCGGAAGGCUAUUGGAUUGUUUUAUCCCCUUGGAAAGGGGGCUGGGGCUCCUAGGGGAAGGUCAUUAUGGUAACUCUGCACCAGUCCUAGUUGGUCUCGGUGGCUAUUUAAUGAAACCUUGCCUCCCUUACAUGAUGCCAUCCACCUGACCCAAAUGCUGCGCUUUGGGACAAAGGUAUGAGCUGCCACCGCUGUGGGCUUAAACUAGCGUAUCAUCGUACCCUGGGGGCUUCAGUGUCGGCUGCAACAUCAUGGGAAAAUCACUGGAGCUGCAAGAGAAAUGCAGGUUUUGGGGAGGGGGAGGAGAGGAAAGGGCCGUGGAUACUGGUGAAAUUUGGAUAGCGGUGCCCAGCCCUAUUGCUGUGGGAAUCGGAGGCUGUGCUGGCCUGGGUGCGCCCUGCGCGGUCCUGGUGAGGUGGAGGCGAGAGGCACCCACCAGACGCAUUGUGGUGUGACAUUCCCUCAAGCUCUUGAGACCAAAUUGUGAACUCUUUGCUCCAGAAAGUAAAUUCGGUAGCCUGUUUGCAUUUGUGACUAUCUUCCUAUCCUGUAGAUCCUCCUAUCAAAUGAACAGUGUUUGGAAGGGGCCGAGGGGUGGGAAUGCAUUUACCUCUUCUGAAAUUUCCCCCUUGUCCCACUGCCAUCUUCCUCUCCCCCUCUCCCCGCUGUGUUGGUCUAAAUGAUUUAUUCUAUGAAGCCCUGAACUGUAGAUGUCAAAAGUAAUUAUGGAAUGUGAUUAGUCCUCUGUGGGUGCUUUCUUUCCUCCUUUUUUCUCUUUUGCUAUCCCCUUCUCCACUCUUCUUUUUUGGCCAAGUGGAAAAGGUGAGGACAAAGAAUUGCCGCUUGCUUGGACUCAUGAUGUAUCUGUGACUGCGCUAUUAGCUGUCUCCUCUUUCCUUCCCAAAUGGAUAUAAUUUUUGAAGUGUGGAAUACCCUUCUUGAUAAGUAGGUUUAAAAAAAAAAUGCACAAUGUGAUACUGUUUCAUAGUUUCUAGGUGGUCGUAUAAAGCAAAGUUACUGUGAUUGUGUUUUUAAAAGGAAAAAGUGAUUGGUUACUAAAUCUGUCCUUUUUUCAUUAUUACAAGCUCUUUGUUUUCCAAUGA